AUGAAGUUUGCCCACGAGUUUAAGGAGGCGCUGAGCCGCGAGGGGUAUCCCACUCGUUGGCUUGAUUCGGCUAUCCCCUAUAGUCAGCUUAAGAAGUGCCUUAAGAAGGUCCAGCGGGAACUUCGUGAACUUGGCCUAGAUCCAGAAACCCUCCAGCAGCUCCUGGCUGCUCAUGCCCUUUCAUCUGAGGGUGAUCCAGUCCCCGUGGCGAAAUACAACCUGGACGCCGAUAAAUCCAAAGUCUUACGCCCACGGCUGUCUAUCUUCGUUCAACUGAAAGAUGGCGAGAUCGUGCAGGCCUCGCUUUCGCCGGCGUCCAAAUCAUUUCUUCAGAAGCUGACUGCUGUGCAAACCUCUUCGGACCAACCAGGCUCUAUCCUCAAAAGCCCUAUUGACCUGCUCGAGGAACCUGAACAAAUUCCAUCUGACCAUGAGGACACUGCCACCUCAGCCCAUCGUUACCAGCGGGUCGAAGUCCCUCUGGUUUUUGACGCCGAGUUUUUCGACAUUCUGCAAAACGAUGUGAACAACCUCGAUGCGUUGCAGCAGGAGGAGCAGGAAAGCCUAAGAAAGGAGGUCGCAACUCUUGGUCACGAAGUGUCGGCCGUGACGAAGCCGUCUCGUUAUUCCAAAAACGACAUCUCGCGCUGGCGGGAGUUAUUCGAGCUGUACCUGGACGCACAGGUCUUCUUCUCGACCCACGAGCGUGAUCACGGUGCCAGAAAGAGUGAUGUUGCCCUGCGUCAGCUCAUGUGGUUCCAGAAUCAGGUCAAGGAUCGCAAGCUAGUGGAACAUUUCAAGCUUCCUGCUAGCCGGGACGCUUACGCUAGAUUCCUGGAAUUGAACGCGGCUCUGCUGCGAAAUCUCAAGUUCCAAGAGAUCAACAAGACAGCAAUCAAGAAGAUCUUGAAAAAAUUUGAUAAACGCACUGCUUUAGGCGUAUCGUCGUCUUUCCCAGCCGCCAUUAACAGUCGCAGCUUCAUGGCAGAGGGCGUCGCCAAGGAGAUCUGCUCACAGGUUUCCCAGGAGGUCGUCUCCGUCGUGCCUCGGUUGGACGAUUACAUCUGCCCUGUCUGUAUGAGCAUUGCAUGGCUCCCGGUGCGCCUGAAAUGCCAGCAUGUCUUUUGCGUCCGUUGUGUAAUCAAGAUGCAGCGGGAGCACAAGCGUCAGUGCCCGCUUUGCCGAGGCGACGUGAUCAUGCAGGCCGACCUAAGUAAGUAG